UUUUAUCAAUUAGUAUAUUUGAGUUUAACCACAAUAUUUGUUGUUUUAUUUGUUCUGUUUUUCAGGUGGAUUAAACUGAAGUUAUAACCAACUUUCUAAGGCUGCCAGAGGCUGUUCCCACACUGUCUAUCUCCACUGUCACUCAACAUCAACCAGCGAAUCAACGGCCUCGCUGAGACUGCCGGGCUCUAUCGUAGCCAUGGGUGAGGCUAAGGUCCUGAUGUUGCUUCUUCUGAUCGGUUGGGAGAAAUCGUUGAGUCUCAACUGGAACCCAAUACCACGCAAGACCGUCAGAUACCAUGAGGUGCUAGACAGCAUGGCCAGGUUCCGGGCUCUAGGUGUGUGGAACUACACCAUGGUGACUCUAGCAGAACACGAGAGGGUUCUGUAUGUAGGAGCUAGAGAGGUCCUGUUUGCCCUGGACCCUAACGACAUCAGCAGACAGCUACGACCUCUGAUUGAGUGGCCAGCACCACAGGAGAAGAAGAGAGAGUGUUCUGCCAAGGGCAAGAACAACCAGACGGAGUGCUUCAACUACAUCCGCUUCCUGCAGAGCUACAACCACACCCACCUCUACACCUGUGGAACCUUCGCCUUCCAGCCCAAGUGCACCUACAUCAAUGCUGACCACUUCAGUCUCAACCCUGGCUCCCUGGAGGAUGGAAAGGGCAAGUGUCCCUACGACCCUGCCAAAGGCCACACAGGCCUCAUAGUGGACAAGGAGCUGUACUCUGCCACACUGAACAACUUCCUGGGUACUGAGCCUGUGAUCCUGAGGAACCUGGGACAGCAACACUACAGCAUGAAGAGUGAAUACCUGCCGGCCUGGCUCAACGAGCCUGACUUUGUGGGCUCGACCCUGGUGAGGGAGAGCAGUGGCAGUAAGGAAGGGGACGAUGACAAGAUCUACUUCUUCUUCAGUGAGAGAGCUGUAGAGCUGGACUGUGACACAGAGCUCACUGUGGCCAGGGUGGCCCGCGUCUGCAAGGGUGAUCUGGGGGGCACCAGGACCCUGCAGAAGAAGUGGACCACCUUCCAGAAGGCCAGGCUGGUGUGUUCUCUCCCUGAACGCCACGUCACCUUCAACAACCUGCGGGAAGUCUUCACCCUGCCAGGCAUCGACUGGCGCACCACCACCUUCUAUGGCAUCUUCCACGCCCAGUGGGGUGAUGUGGAUGUGUCAGCGGUGUGUCAGUACCAGAUAGGUGAGGUGAAGAAGGUGUUUGACGGCCCGUAUAAGGAGUACAGAGAGGGCUCCCAGAGAUGGGGACGAUACACUGGCACUGUUCCCAGCCCACGGCCCGGAGCGUGCAUUACAAGCUGGCAUAGGGAGAACGGCUACAACAGCUCUCUUCAGUUGCCAGACGCUACUCUCAACUUUGCCAAGAAGCACCCUCUGAUGGAGGAGAAGGCUCAGGCUCGCCCCCUACUGCUCACCAAGGGCAUCAACUUCACCCGCCUGGCAGUGGACCGGGUCAGCUCCCUGGACCAGCGUGCAUACAACAUGCUGUUCAUUGGCACAGCAGACGGGUGGUUACAGAGGGUAGUGAUCUUUGGCUCGGAGGCCCAUGUGAUUGAAGAGAUACAGCUGUUUGAUUCUCCCCAGCCAGUGGACAGCCUAACCAUCUCUCACACCAAGAAGUACUUGUACAUUGGCUCACGUUCAGAGGUGCUCCAGCUGCCCUUGGCUAACUGCAGCCGCUAUCAGUCGCAGCCAGACUGCCUUCUGUCCCGGGACCCCUACUGCGCCUGGGACAGCGAGGGCCGCGCCUGUGUUCGCAUCGACCUCCACCGCGGGUCUACCUCCUCCCUGUCCCAGGAUCUGAUGCUGGAGAGAUUCAGCAGGGGCAAAGCCAAGUUUGACAAGCCUGUGGCCAUCCCCAGCCCUGACAACUCUCGGCUGAGGAAUGUGACAGUCGUGGUAGAAUCAGACAUGGUGCUGCCCUGCCAGCUGGUGUCCAACCUGGCCCAGCCCUCCUGGGUCCUCAAUGACCGCGAGCUGCAGCUAGGAGACGAGGAGGCCGGAGGGCCACGCUUCGACCAGGCCCUGAAGGCUCUGGUGGUUCCCAACGCCAUGCCAGUGCACGCGGGACGCUACGUGUGCUACUCCGAGGAGCAGGGGGUCAAGUUCCAGACGGAGCGCUACCAGGUGUCGGUGGUGGCCAGCUCCCCUGUGGUCAUGGCGGCCCGGGCCCCUGACGGCAGCAUGGGUCUGUUCUGGGUGUUGGUAAUCACCCUGGGGGCCGCCUGUUUAUUACUAUUGGUGGCAGCUCUGUAUCUGAGGAGACGUCUGAAGCUGGCCCUAGGUAAAGGGGCGGACAUGAAGCCUCUGGAGAGCACCCUGGUCUACCCCAUCACCCUGCCCAAGGAGCCACCCACCUUUGUGCCCAGCAAAAUGCCCAGCGACGAGGACCGCUUCUGGGAGACGGGCGCCAACUACUACUACUCAGACGGCUCGCUGAAGAUCGUUCCGGGCCACGCCCUGUGCCCAAGCAGCCAGUCUCACCACCACGCUCCAACGGCAUCUCCCAGCACCAUCCCCGGCCAGCCCAUCCAUUCCCCCAGCCGGCUCAGCCUUACCAACAUCAGGGGUUCCGGCAGCAACGGCUACAUCCGCCUCAACCUAAGCUCGGCCGGGGAGGAGAGGGUUAGCGGGGGUGGUUCUGGUGGAGGAGGGCUGGGGCUGAGUGGGGGCGGGAACGACUACUCCAGCCCCUUCAAGGAGGAGCUGCGUCGGACCCUGCAGCAGAGGAGCGUGCUGCCUGACGCCAACCCUGAAGAGUCGUCUGUGUAGUCUUUCUCCGCGCCUGCCGUAAUGAAAAAACAAAACAAGAGACAACGAACGGCAACUAACCUACCUCCCUCCUCUCUCUCUUUCUCAGCUCCACUGUCACUCCAUGCUCUUUCUCUCUCUCUUUUUCUGACAAUGCUCGUUUGGCUGACUCUGUGACUGGCAGAAGACACUUUUUGCACAGAGCAUGUGAUGUGACACACACGCUGAAUAUUCAUCAGCAUCCACUCCUGUUAUUAUUGUGUUCCAUCCGCUCCUGUUAUUAUUGUGUUCCACCCGCUCCUGUUAUUAUUGUGUUCCAUCCGCUCCUGUUAUUAUUGUGUUCCAUCCGCUCCUGUUAUUAUUGUGUUCCAUCCGCUCCUGUUAUUAUUGUGUUCCAUCCGCUCCUGUUAUUAUUGUGUUCCAUCCGCUCCUGUUAAUAUUGUGUUCCAUCCGCUCCUGUUAUUAUUGUGUUCCAUCCGCUCCUGUUAUUAUUGUGUUCCAUCCGCUCCUGUUAUUAUUGUGUUCCAUCCGCCAAACUGGCUGUCACAUUUUAACUUCUUCAGCAGUUUAACUUGCUUUCGCUGUGCAAAUCUCAAGCUGUGUAAAUUCUGUAUUUAAAGACAAUUGAACGCAGAGGGCCUACACCUCAAGCAUGGCAGUCAAACAAAUGGAAAGGUUUCCUGAGAGCACUACUUCAUGAUAAGAGAGGACCAAGAUCUCAUGACAAGGUUGUAGCUUCAGCGCUAUACCAAUCAUCCAAUAAUCAAGCAGUACUAGUCGACUGACUGAAAAAUGGAGGAGCUGGCUUGCCUUUUUUCUGUUCUGUUGGAGAAUUUUUCGCUUUCUGCACUUAACAUGGAAGUAUGGGAGUCGAUUUUGUAUUUGUGAGCAAAGAGAGUGAGAGUCACAUAAAAGACAAAUUAAUCUCAAAAGCAAGACGACAAUCACGUUCCUCUCUCCGGGGGUAAAACCUGGGAAGGAAAGGGAGGGAUGAAGAGAGAGAAAAUGAAGGGACAAACUUUACAUGAAAGACAAACUCUCAAUUAGACUUUCUCGGCUCGAUUUGUACUUUUUUUUACGUUGUCAGUCUUUCCUCUGAGAAAGUCUUCAAUCCCUGCCUGAUAUAUUGUGACAAUUUAAAUUAAGACAUUUUUAUGUGUUGUUUUUCUAUGUCUUAUGGACUACAGAAGCAACAAAUGAAGACCAUUGGCUUUAAAGCACCCCUCUGUGAAUGAGAAUGUGAGAGAAGCAUGUACAAACCUCUCCUAUCCCUGCUCAAGGUAGAUAUCUCCCCAAAUAACCUCCACACUAGUAAAUACAUUUUAGUACUACUUUUACAAUAACUGCACUACACAUUUACACAAGUGGUUCAUGGGAAUUUCAGUUAAACCCAUUCAGAUACACUUCCUUGUGAUGUGAUUAUGGAAAUUUCUCUUUGACAUAAUCCCACAACAGAACCUCAAAAGCACAUUCACUUAUUAUUCCGAAUUUGAGAUGAGACAAAGGCAUUGCUUUCAGUAAAGUAGCAGGGAUGGCACGGGGGAAUGUAGGUCAACUCUCACUAAACUGUUGCGACUGCAGUGGAUGUCUCAACAAGUGCUUUAUAAUAUGUAUGUGUCUGGGCGGGGGUGGUGGAUGGGUUGAACUGCCAAAAGAAGCCCUCCCUCCCCUGCACUGCCCUGAAUGCCAAACCUGGUGGAUGUAGUAGUGUGUCCUGGAGGGGACGGGCCACAGCACUGUACCUGUCCUAUAGACACACCCUUUAAUAACCCCUUAUUUCCCUAAACCCCACCCACCUACCUACCUACCUACCUACCGAUGUCCAGAGAAUGACCUGGCGCUACUGUGGAAAGCCUGAAUUCAGAGAGAAGGAUGGACGCUGAACUGUAAACCCACACUGCCUGUGCUGUUAGAGGGACAAGCAGACAACAGAUGGAAGAUAGAUGAAUGGCCUGUGACAAACCAACGGCUCCAGAGAGUGAUCAGAGGCUCAUCUGAUCGCUCCCAUCAGAGGGGUGGCUUUGUGACACAUCUGCAGGGACCAGAGAACAACACAACACAAAGGAGGAACAAGAGGAGUACGAUGUUUCUUUCUUUCUCACCAAAAUGUAUACUAGAGACAGCUGAAGGGGAUGUAGAAUAUUGUAAUGAUCCCUGGGUUGAAGAGGUACUUACUUGGCCAUCAGUGGUUAGUUCAUCCUAGUGUUGCAUGACCUUCUCUGCAAAUGUACUGUACACAUCUCUGAUGACAUGAUCAUCAUUGUAAAAGAAGUGUAUUAUGUUUAAAACUUUUGCAGACACUAAUGUUUUCUACUAAAAAAAAGUUUCAUUUAUGAUUAAGAGUUGUUAAGGACUUGUUCAUGAAUUUGUCCAUCUUCUUAACAUGUUUACUUUCGCUGUGCCUCUUCACCUUCGGAUAAGCCAAAGUAGACUGCAGUUGCUUUUUUUGAAAAGGUGUAUUAUUAGAUAUUAUUUUAUUAUUUCACUUCGAUAUUUAAGUUUCAACAUCCUGUCAACCUUCAGUUCAAAGAGCUCUCAUGCCGGGAACAUUCCUGCAUAUUUUAUUUAGAGCUUCAUUUUCUUCAGAAGGCAACAAGCUUGUGGAUGGUCAAUAUCCUGUUUAGAUGUCAGUAGUAAUCUACUGAAGCCGAUCCCUGACUUCCUACCACAUGAGAAAGUAAACAGAUCAUCAGAGCGUCAUAGGACCCACCAAGCAAAGCAACUUCCUUUUAACCAUAUGAUAACUCGUGAUUUCAUGAUCUGAGGUUUGAUAUAAAAUCUUAAAUAUUUAUACAUCCAUUUAAAAUGUAUAGAUUGAAUAUGUUACCAAGCACUGGUUCAGACACUUUACAAUCUAUUGACAUUGCUGUGAAUUCAAGCUACAGGAGCUGUUAAGAUUGGUAUAGAUAUUUAACUGAUUUGUCUUACAAAAAAAAAUCCUUGGACAUUAUGUCUGAUAUGUCAUAAAACUCUCUUAGAAGAAAAUUAUCCUUCAAACUCACAAAAGUGAUGUAAGGCACAAUCCCCCAAAAAAUCUGCAUGUGCAAUUCUGGAUCUAUAUAGGCUAGUUAUUACUGCCCUACCAAGCAAAAAGGCAGUGACUGCUCAUAGCGUGGAUCUGAGAAAAAUGGCUUUCAUUUACCUUGGUUUCACAGUAACUUUAUGCAGUUACUGCUAACAUGACCCCCAUUUUCUCCAAACCACAAUACAAUAGAGGCAGGAUACUUGUCCACAUGAUUAAGCAUGGAUUUAAUGUUGCAAAAAUGACAUUAACUUAUUUUAGACCAAAUGAGCAGUUACUGCCUUUUUGGAGAUUACACUCUGCCUGUCAAAAACAACGCUUUCCACAUCUCUUCACCUAAGCCUUUUUAUUCUGUUGUUUUUCAAUAAUAUUAUUAUAUUACCAUUAUUAUUAUUAUUAAUUUCCUUUUUGGCUUUAAGUUGCAAAAGUUCCUCUGGCUGUUUGUUCUCAAUCUUUUAAUGUUUAUGAAAUGAUGUUAAGUAACUUAUUUCGCUUGUAAAAACAUGUCAAUAUUUAUUAUCAUUGUACAUAUGUCCUUAUUUUUUUAUAUGUGUAUAUAUACAUGAAUAAAAGUAGAAAUCUA